AUGUCCAGGGGAUCUUGCUGCAUGUUUGCUCUCAGCCUUAGCACAAUAUUGGUUCCACGCGGUUGCGAAGACAUCAUGAAUCGGCCAGGAACGGUGCCGCAGUCUCUCAGAGGCAUGCCCGGCAAUUCCGGCGGUCAGCAACAGCCUCAACUACCAGGACGAUCGGUAUCGAGCCGGCUACCAAACGGGAAGCUAGCAAACAACGGGUCAGGCUGGGCAUUCGGUGGGAAUGUACCGAUGGGAGGUGCUGGAUUCCAAAACCAAGUCCGGCAAAUGGGAGGAAACGUCAGUUUUGCGCAGAGCUUGAGCGGGUCGCAACCUGCCACUCCGUUGGACUUGAACGAAUUCCCGUCGCUGUCAAAUAAUUCACAGCUCAACAAUGCCAACCCUGCAUCGAUGUGGUCGACGGGAGCAUCCCGAAACUUGAGUGGGCCUGUUCAACGAAAUCAAUCAACUCCCCUCUCAUCUCAGCAAGGAGGCCAGGAUGAUUUAUUCGCAUCAGGCUCAUCGCGUUUGCCUUCACACCAAACCUCCUUUCGAUUUGGUAACCAAGGGAAUAUGACGACAGCCUCCCAAGGACAGCCAAGUAGCGUUGAUGAUUUUCCUCCGUUGAAUAGAGCUGGAAAUGGGGAGAUUGGGUCGGAUCGAAGUGGAAAUCUGAUGUCAUUGGCAUUCGGAUCGCAACAAGGAGCGUCAGGAGCGCAGAGGGGUAAUGGCCUUCUAAAUGCUUUGUCCGCCAACAGUCGGGCAAACGAUGCGCGGUCGCCUCCGGGAGUUGCAUUAAACCGCGGCCAAGACCCGAAGCGGCUGGGAGCCGACGACGAUAGCAGACAAAAACCCAUUUCCAGGGAAGACGGCUUAGGCAAAUCUACUGUUGGUGACACGAAUCAAAAUCCCCUAGGGGCAAUCGGAAAUGAGGACUCGAUCGCAAAAUUACGAGAUGUGAAGGAGAACAAGGCCCCGGAAGCGGUGGAUCCUCUUGGUGGAAUGAGUGCUGUAGACAAAUGGGGAAUCAAAGGACUGCGGACAUUAAUGAACAGCUACCCGGAUUACCAGGCCAUGGUAGUUGGCAUGGAUCCUAUCACCGUUGGACUUGAUAUCAAUUCUCAAGACUGUCCAGCGGAUGUCAAACAGCAAAUGGCAGCGGUAGAAUUGCAUUCUCGAAACUGGAGAUGGCACAAGAAACAUCAGAUAUGGCUCACCAAAGAUGAACACAUGACGCCUCAGAUCUUGAGCCCAAAUCAUGAGCGGGGAUUCUAUAUUGUGUGGGAUACAGACAACUGGCGAAAGGACAGGCGAGAGCUCACUCUGUUCUACGGCGACUUGGAUACUACAUUGAACCAACCGCCUGCAAUAUCUUAA